GUACUCCUCCAGGCCGGCAGCCGGCACUAGAGGACCGGGUGCCCUAUUGUAGAACCCGAAGCGGCUCCAGAAGAAGCCUCUUAUAGCGCUAGCUCCUUCAGACCGCUGUUUCUCCCUUCCAGUCAGAGGUCCCUCUGUCAGCAGCAUGGCGGACACCAAGCGCCUGGCCUUCUCCAUCAUCCAGUUCCUCCACCAGCAGCUCGGCUCUGGCCAGCUGUCCUCCGACGCCCAGGAGAGCCUAGAAGUUGCGGUCCAGUGUUUGGAGACGGCGUUCGAGGUGUCGACGGACGACAGCAGCCUGGCGGUUCCCCAGACGCUGCCAGAGAUCUUCAGCUCUGCUACCGACACGCUCCCCCGCCCUGCUCCGGUGAACACAGAGCCACGCCCUGACUCCCCCCCCGAGGAACAGAUGGCCGAGGCGGAGAGACUAAAAACAGACGGUAACGACCAGAUGAAGGUGGAGAACUUUCCCGCCGCUGUGGAGUUCUACUCGAAGGCCAUCCUUCUGAACCCUCAGAACGCUGUCUACUACUGCAACAGGGCGGCGGCUUACAGCAAACUGGGGAACUACGCAGGAGCAGUCCAGGACUGUGAGCUGGCCAUCGGCAUCGACCCCACCUACAGCAAGGCCUACGGACGCAUGGGGCUCGCGCUGGCCAGCCUCAACAAGCACACGGAGGCGGUGGUCUACUACAGAAAGGCUCUGGAGCUGGACCCCGACAACGACACCUACCAGGCCAACCUGAAGAUCGCCGAGCAGAAGAUGGACACGCCCAGCCCCACGGCGGGCGUGGGCGGGGUGGACCUGGCGGGCCUCCUCAGUAACCCUGGCUUCAUGAACAUGGCGUCGUCUCUGAUGAACAACCCUCAGGUCCAGCAGCUGAUGUCGGGGAUGAUGUCUGGAGGCUACGGCCCCGGCGGCGCGCCCCCCCCUCAGGGGGCCGCCCCGGCACCGGCCGCCCCCCCCGGAGACCUGUCUGGACUCAUACAGGCGGGGCAGCAGUUCGCUCAGCAGAUGCAGCAGCAGAACCCAGAACUGAUCGAGCAGCUGAGGAGUCAGAUCCGGAGCCGGCCCCCAAGUGCCAGCCAGGAGGAACCACAGCCCUGACCCCAGGUAGAACCCCAGGUCCCACCAGGAUGUGUGAGAGAGCGAGAGAGAGAGAGAGAGAGUGUGUUUGUGUGUGUGAGUGUGUUGUUCCUGAGGUGUGUCACUGGGAGGUCAUAAAUGAUUAUUCCCUGCAUGAGGCGUCGGACCAGACCUGUCGUCAUGGGAACGGAAGGCCGCUGGACGCUGGGGGGUAGUCUGGGCGUCGGACCAGGACCGGGACCAGGACCGGGGGCAGGGCAAGCAGCUGGUCUCAAUAAAGGAGAAUCGACCU